AUGAAUAAACUUUCGCUGGUACUAUGCCUUUUGCUUGUUCUAGUUUCUUUUAGAGCUGAAAGUGAAUUUACUUAUUAACAUUAUGUUGAGAUCAUUGAAGGAGAAGAAUAUAUCUAAACUCCCUUUGGAUUGAUGCUAAAAGAAUGCAUUUAAAAUGUUCCAUCAGGUACUUUUGUUGAAGAAUUAGAGGACGGAUCUAUACAUCUUACAAACGAUGAAUAAAACUUUACAAAAAAAAUUUUUAAAAACGAUAGAUGCUCCCAAAGAAAUCCUACCAAAAAUCUCAAUUAAUGGAUAGAUGCUGGUGGAUAUUGGCUCCCUAAUGGCUUGACUUUAAGAUCAUUUGAAGGAAACUACAGAGUCCCUAACAAUCCUUAAACUACCAACUACUAAUAAUUGUUUUACUUUAUUGGAUCUUAAAAUAAUGGCGGAAGUGGUCCUGGCAUCAGUAUCAUCUAACCUGUUUUGGGCUACUAUCGUGGUUGGUAUUUCUAAUCUUGGAACUGUUGUCCUCAAGGUUAAGCUAUAAAUGCAAGUGCUGUUUCAGGAAUCAAUCCAUACGAUACAAUUUAUGGCUCAGUCACUGUUUAAAAUAAUGUUGCUACUAUCACCUCAACAAAUAAAGCUGGUCAAUCUUCUAUUUUAUCAGUUGCUUAAAAUAGCAGAAACUUUAAUUGGAUUGAUGCUACUUUGGAAGUUUUUAAUAUUUCUGCAUGCACUGAUUUCCCUACUGACUAUUUAGAAUUCACAAAUAUGAAGGUAGUUCUAUCAAACGGUUAAACAAUUCAGCCAGCUUGGUAUGAUGAUUAUGGUAAAUCUUAAUGCAAUGGAAAAGUUACAAUUAUUAAUCCUUCAACAAUCAAAAUACAACAUAAUCUUCCUGCUUAAGAACAACAGUGA